UUAGGGCAUCUCCAAUGGAGUAAGCAAACUCCAUUUGGCUUCAAAAUAUAGAAAUUGUGGAAGAAAAUUCAACACCAAUAAGAAAUUUAGUGGGGCUCUAAAUUUUUAGAUUUUUGCAUAAUCUCCAAACUUGUUCCUAAAUAUAGGACUUCGUUUGGAGACUCAUGUGUAUUUCAUUGGACAUUGUUUAGGAACUCAAAAUUAUGGAGCCCUCCACUGUGAGAUUUUAUUUUUUAGAGACUCUAAGAUUCCAUCGGGUCUCUAUACGGGUCUCCAAAUUCAAAUUUGGAGACCCGAUUUGCUUACUCCAUUGGAGAUGCCCUUACAUUAAGCACCCUUUUUUAAAUCCAUACAUACAACUUCCAAUAAACAAAAAACCAAAAAAAAACUUUUAAUUCCCACAAAUUAAAAACCAGAUAGAUAGAUAAAAAACCAUGGAGUUCUUCAACCAGGCGAAAACAGUAAGGCUGAAAGGCCACCUGGACAAGUACCUAAUCGCCGACGACGACGAAACCACCGUCCGUCAAAGCCGGAGCGCCGCCUCAUCCAGAAAGGCCCGAUGGACGGUGGAGCUCGUCGCCGGAAACCCCCACGUCAUCCGCCUCAAAAGCUGCCACGGCCGCUACCUAACCGCUUCCGACGAGUCCUACCUUCUCGGAAUGACCGGAAAGAAGGUUCUCCAAACCAUUCCGGAUUCGAUGAAAGAUACCUCGAUCGAGUGGGAGCCGAUCAAGGAAGGGUACCAAGUGAAGCUACGCACGAGAGGGUGUAAGUUUCUCAGGGCUAACGGCGCCACGCCGCCGUGGAGGAACUCCGUCACCCACGAUCUUCCUCACCGGACGGCGACGCAGGAUUGGGUUAUGUGGGAUGUGGAUGUGGUUGAUAUUUCUGUGCUGGAUGAUGAGUAUUUGCCGCCCACCAGCAAUGCUUCAAGUUUCUCUUCUUCGCAGUUUGAGGAGGAUGUUUCGUCUCCGAAUUCGCCGUUUUCCGGCGCGGCGGCGGAGAGGCUGCCGGAAUCACCUGCCGCCGCCCGGAGACGGUGGACGUCUAUUUUACCCGAUCGGUCUUCUCACAGUAGCGGAAGACAGGAAGAAAUUUCAAGCCCGAAUUCGCCGUUUUCCAGCACGGCCGCGGCGUCCGUGAAGGAGGCGGAGAGGCUGCCAGAAUCACCUGCUGCCGCCCGGAGACGGUGGCCGUCUAUUUUACCCGAUCGGUCUUCUCACAAUAGCGCCAGACAGGAAGAAAUUUCAAACCCGAAAUCGCCGUUAUCCGUCAAGUCUGGAAGCCCGAGGCUGGCGUUAUCAGCUUCGGAGAAGCUGCCGGGAUCACCUAUCGCCGCCAAGAAACGGUGGCCGUCUAUUUUAUCCGAUCGUUCUUCUCUCAAUAGCGGAACACAGGAUGGGAUGGAAUUUUUCGAAAGAGCGAAAGCAGUACGGCUGCAAAGCCACCUGGGGAAGUACUUGGUGGCCGACGACGACGAGGAGACCGUCCGUCAGAGCCGUAACGGCGCGUCCAACAGGGCUCGUUGGUCGGUGGAGUUCGUGGACGGAAAACGUAACAGAAUCCGUCUCAAGAGCUGCCACGGGCUGUACCUCACCGCCACCGACGAGGCUUUUCUCCUCGGCAUGACUGGGAAGAAGGUCCUCCAGACCAUGCCGGAGAGGAAGAAUGACGUGGCGAUCGAGUGGGAGCCGGUGAAGGAAGGUCUCAGCUUGAAGCUGAUGACGUGUGCCGGCAAGUUCUUGAGAGGCAACGGCGGAGCGCCGCCGUGGAGGAACUCCGUUACCCACGACGUGCCGCACCGGACGGCGACCCAGCCCUGGGUACUGUGGAGUGUGGAUGUUGUGGAUAUUUCGUUGUCGGAUCCGGAUCCGGAUCCGAAAUCGGAUUCUUUUUCACCCCGGUCCAGCUUUUCUUCUGUCAUGGAUGACUAUUCGGGUUCGCCGGAUUCCGGGUCACCGGAUACCGGGUCGCCCAUGGCCAUGGUCCAGUAUUCAAACAGGUCCGGGAGUGUUUCCGGGAUGGAGUUCUUCAAAGACGCAAAAACCGUGAGGCUGAAAAGCCACCACGACAAAUACCUAACGGCCGAGAGCGACGAAGAAACGGUCGUCCAAGACCGUUCCGGCUCGUCCACGUCAGCAAGGUGGAAUGUGGAGUUCGUUGACGGGGUCGAAAACGUAAUUCGCCUCAAAAGCCGUUACGGAAAAUACCUCAAAGCCGCCGACGAGGAAUUCCUCCUCGGCGUGACGGGGCGGAGGGUCGUCCAAGCCUUGCCUAGGAAAUUGGACUCGUCGGUGGAGUGGGAGCCCGUCAGAGACGGCAUGCAAGUCAAGCUCAAAAGUAGAUACGGGAAUUUUUUGCGCGCCAACGGAGGGUUGCCCCCUUGGAGAAACUCUAUUACUCAUGAUAUACCUCAUAGGCACCGCGAUUGGAUUUUGUGGGAGGUUGAUAUUGUUGAGAUUCGACCCGAUUCGCCUCCGAAAGUUGUUCGAUCGGAUUCUUUGGAGAGUGAUUUGAACUCUUCUUCUUUUCGUAUUCCCUUUCCGAAACGUGGGUCUAGUGGUUCAUUUGACGAUUCAAAUAAGAAAUCGGAAGGGCGGCUAAUAUAUUACUACGUGGCGAACGAUGAUGGGGAAAUCAACGAUGCAAUCGAAGAGCCUUCGUUUCAGUUCAAAGGGCAUGGAUUGGAGGAGCUGACUCAAAAGUUGGAGGAAGAAACGGGGCUUGAAGAUAUCAUUGUUUGCUCGAGAAACAUCGUUAACGGGAAGCUUUAUCCUCUUCGUUUGGCUCUACCUCCCAAUAAUGCCACUAUGCAUGUUGUCGUCGUUCCACCUACAUCAAAAGCGGCUAAUGAAUUCCUGCCUCCUUGAGGAUUCUGCACUUGAUUUUUUUUUAUUCAAUCAUUUAUUUAUGUUAUUAUCCAAACAACAAUAGCAAGGAGGUUGUUAUUUAUUUAUUAUUAUUUUUAAUUUUUUUUGUGUAAAGAAAUUGUUAUACAAGUGUAAUUUUUUGGGUUUUUCGUAAUUUUCUCUUUUUCUAAUGAAAAUAGGAAGGUUUGUUUUUUUGUUAUUGUUAGUACAAUGGGAAGUGAAUUUGUUCAUCUAAGGUUGUAAAUGAUUUUGUUAAUUGUGUUCUAUGUUGCAGAAGAUGAGGG